AUGGUGGGCACAAACCUAUGCGUCGGUGUGAUAGGGAUGUACCAUUCCGGAAUAGGGGGUGGAGGUUUUGCACUCGUCCGUGAUCCACAAGGGAAUUAUGAGACGAUAGACUACCGGGAAUCCGCGCCAGCCGCGGCGUACGAGGACAUGUAUCAAGGGAACCUCGAGGGGGCCGUCUGGGGCGGCUUAUCGGUAGCUGUGCCAAGCGAGUUGAGGGGCCUCGAAUAUCUACACAGCAAGUACGGAUCACUACCGUGGCGGGCGCUGGUUAACCCUGCCGUGUAUCUGGCACGAAAUGGUUUUGAAGUUACCGAGGAUCUGGUAAGGUAUAUGAACAACGCCAUCGACGGCCCAAGGGGCAACUUUCUCGUGGAAGAUCCCAUAUGGUCUGAAGACUUUGCGCCAAAUGGGACUCUCCUUCAACUUGGAGAUGUCAUCACACGGAAACGAUAUGCCGACACAUUGGAGAAAAUCGGCAAGCACGGGGUCAACGUCUUCUACGAGGGCGAGCUCGCCGAGGAAAUGGUCAAGGUGACCCAAGAGACCAACGGGACACUCACACUGGACGACUUGAAGUCUUACAAGGCUCUGCCCAAACGAGCCAUUAGCAUCAACUUCCGCGACUUCAAGCUGUAUUCAACCGGUGCCCCCAGCUCCGGUGCCGUGAUGCUGAGCACGCUCAAGACCAUGGAACAGUACCCAGCCGCGGACCUAUCCGACACAAACCUGACGACGCACCGCUUCCUCGAGGCCAUGCGCUUCGCCUACGGCGCGCGCCUGGAGCUAGGUGACCCGGACUACCUGCCGAAUGUGGAAGGAUUCGAGGACGCGCUGCUGAGCAAACAGAACGCGCGCCAGAUCCGCGCCCGCAUCAACGACAGCAGCACGCUGCCCUUGGAGGAGUACGACCCGCGGGGCGAGUACGCAGCCGAGAGCCACGGGACAUCGCACAUCGUGGCGGCGGACGCGACUGGGCUGACGAUCUCGUCGACGACGACGGUGAACCUGCUGUUCGGGGCGCAGGUCAUGACGCCGCGCGGGGGAAUCAUCCUCAACGACGAGAUGGCCGACUUCAGCACACCCGGAGCGCGCAAUGUCUUCGGCUUUGCGCCGUCGCCCGCAAACUUCAUCCGCCCGGGCAAGCGCUGCAUGAGCUCUAUUACGCCCAUCAUCGCCGAGUUCCCCAACGGCACCGUCUUCUUUGUGACCGGCGCUGCCGGCGGGAGCCGUAUCAUCUCGUCCACCACGCUUACGGCAUGGCACCUGCUUGAGCACGGCCUGGACAUGCGCGCCGCGAUGGCCGAACCGCGAUUUCACGACCAGCUGAUCCCGAACCGCGCUGAGUUUGAGUGGACUUUUGAUAAUGGAACGGUGGGCGCCAUGGUCGAGAAGGGGCAUAACAGCAAGUGGGUGCGGCUGGGCGUGAGCGCCGUGCAGGGGAUCCAGCGGCUGUGGGAUGGGAGGUUCCUCGGCGUGGGAGAGCCUAGACAGAAGAACAGCGGCGGGUUGUCAAUCUAG